AAAAACCUUUACAAGAAUCUUCAUAAACUCCCAACUGAAACUAAAAGUAUAAACCCUCUAAAAAAGCUAAAAAUACUCCACCAAAAUAUUGACUCAUUAAUGAACAAGACAAACCAGCUUGACCACUUACUUCACACCACAAAACCUCAUAUUGUAGUCUUGACAGAGCAUAGUCUAAAAGAUUACCAACUUCUACAUACCAAACUAAGAGAUUACAUAUUAAUUGGGGGGUUUUCCAGAAAGUUUUCGAGAAAAGGAGGAGUGGCCGUAUACGCUCAUGAAUCACUUGGAAAUGUAGUAGAAAGUAAAGACACAACCUCUGAAGAACUGAUUUGUGAACAAUAUGCAGUCAAUAUUAAAGUGAAGCAGAAAACUGUAUACCUUCUUGGCAUCUACAGACCUCCAAGUUCGAACCUUGAAGAUGCCCUGAAUAUAAUCUCAAGUACCUUAGACAAAAUACCUACAUGGAAAUGCCCUACCAUCAUCAUGGGAGACAUAAAUAUAGACAUGCUGACACAAAACCAAAACAGAAACAAACUAGAAAAUAUGUUGAGCAGUCAUAACAUCGAAAGACUAGAGCUACCGCCAACUAGAGU